GCAUAUUUUUUUCGUCUGUCAGUUACCACACACAUACCUGUCAAAAAAUGUACAUUCACAGAAAAGCAUUAAACAAUUUUUAAUUUACAAAUAAAAGGCGGAAAAACUGUGCUGCAUUUUUCCAAGUGACCUUGGACCCAAAUCGAGUUUGAAGAUGGCUGUGUCGAUAAACGAAAUCUGUGAAAACACAAAGUUGGCGAGAGAAAUGGCUUUAACGGGGAAUUACGAUACGUCUGGAGUUUAUUAUCAAGGAGUAGUUCAACAAAUACAUAGGUUAUUAGCCAGCAUUGUGGAUGUAACUCGAAAAGCAAAGUGGCAACAAGUGCAGCACCAAAUUGUGCAGGAAUUCGAAAAGGUCAAAGCCACUUCGAAUACUUUGCAACUUUUUAAAGUGGAUUCCCAUACAGAGCGAUUGCUAGGCACAUCUUGUUUAUCGUAUGAGGAACCAACUCGUGACCCUGCACUGUGGUCUUGUGGAACUUCCAGUGCGUGGGGUCAACCUGCACCUCCUCGGGAUCCUGACGUUUGGCCACCAUUAACACCUUCAGAACAGAAAAACCCAAGGCCUCAGAGAAUUCAGCAAAAGAUGCAGCAAAAUCGUACAGGUCUUCGGAAACCGACCGGUCCUCCUGGCAAAAAGUCAGAUACUAAAAGUGCUGGUAAAAAAGAUGAUAAAAAAACAAACAAAAAAGACGACACAAACAAGGUGGGCCUUUAUUCAAAAAAACGUGUGGAAGACAAAUCAGAGUCAGAGAAAACAGAUGUAGAAGUUGAGGACCGAAAGUUCGAGCCAGCUGGAAAUGAUAAGGAUCUUGUGGAUGUACUUGAGAGAGAUAUUGUACAAAAAAAUCCAAAUAUUCGCUGGGAUGAUAUUGCUGAUCUCCAUGAAGCCAAGAGACUACUCGAAGAAGCUGUUGUCCUCCCAAUGUGGAUGCCGGAAUUUUUCAAGGGAAUAAGAAGGCCCUGGAAAGGUGUUUUAAUGGUUGGACCACCUGGUACUGGAAAAACAAUGCUUGCAAAAGCCGUAGCAACCGAGUGCGGAACCACUUUCUUUAACGUUUCGUCUUCUACUUUAACUUCUAAAUAUAGGGGCGAGUCUGAAAAGCUAGUGCGACUUCUGUUUGAGAUGGCUAGAUUUUAUGCACCCAGUACAAUUUUCAUUGAUGAAAUCGACUCGCUGUGUUCUAGAAGAGGUUCUGAAUCCGAACACGAGGCUUCAAGGAGAGUCAAAUCCGAACUUCUCGUGCAAAUGGACGGAAUAAGUUCGAAUAGUGACGAUCCGAGUAAAGUAGUUAUGGUUCUUGCUGCGACGAAUUUUCCUUGGGAUAUAGAUGAGGCACUCAGGAGGCGAUUAGAAAAAAGAAUAUACAUUCCAUUACCUAAUGAUGAAGGAAGAGAAGCUCUACUGAAAAUAAAUCUUCGAGAAGUAAAAGUUGAUGAUUCAGUGAAUUUGAAACAAAUUGCGAGUAAACUUGCUGGUUAUUCAGGGGCUGAUAUUACAAAUGUUUGCAGAGAUGCCUCUAUGAUGGUGAUGCGGAAAAAAAUUGCGGGUUUGAAACCCGACCAGAUAAGACAGUUACCAAAAGAGGAACUGGAUUUGCCAGUUUCUGCAGAGGAUUUCGACGAAGCGGUGGAGCGGUGCAAUAAAAGCGUUUCACAAGAAGAUUUGGAAAAAUAUGAAAAGUGGAUGGGCGAAUUCGGAUCGUCUUGAUACUGUCGCUUCCACAUUGAAGGAAUAUAUCAAUGCAUUUUCCUAAUGGCCUUAAAGAGAGAAUGUGUUACAUUUAUGCAUGGAAUGUUAGAAGAAAAUUCAAAUUGAGAGUAAUAUUUUAGAAUGUAGGGUGAAACUUAACGUGUUCGGGCUAUAUUUAUUUUUUAUUAUAAAUAUAUUAAUAUACUGAUAAUUUUACACUUUAUCUCAUACAAAGUCCUUUUCCUCUUUUUGUAUAUCCUUUAGGUCAUAACUUGUUUCAAGCUUAAGAAGAGAUAUUUUGUAUUUAAAACUUGAAAACAUCAGAUAAGCAAGUAGAAAAUCUUGCAAGAAAAUCUUUUUGAUUCAUAGUGAGUCUAAUAUACUGUCAUCAAUUAAAAUAAUAAAAACCCACAAGUCUGAAAAAUCGCA